GCAGGAGUGCAGGCGCGGUGCAGCAGCAGUGGCUGGCGUGCAAGCAACAGGGGCGUGAUUGCAGGAUCAGGCGCGCAGAGGAGGGGCGUGGAGUGCAGGCUGGGGUGCAGCAGGGAGCAGCAGCAAGGGCACAGGCAGGAGCAUGAUGGCCGGCAGUGAGGGGUGAUGAUGGCUAGCUCGGUGCAGGGCAGAGCAAAGGGGAUCUGGGCUGCAGAGAGCAGAGGAGGCUGAUUCGGGAGAGAGAAAAGUAAAAGGAAAAUGGAAGGAGGAGGUUCUGGAGAAAAAAAGAUUUAAUCUUUUUUUCUUUUUCUUUUUUCCUUUUUUUUUUUUGGGUUAAAUGGGUUUGGUAUUUGGGCUUGGGUUUGGGUAAUUGUUGGUUUUGGAUUUUGGGUAAGACUUUGGUUUUGGGAUUUUGGGCUUGGGUAGUUGGUAGGCUUUGGGUUUUGGAUAAUUGGGUUUGAUGGGUUUUGGGCUAGACUUUGCAUUUCACCCCUCCAACUUUCCGUUUCUUCAAUUGAGUCCUUUUUCUCAUCUUCUUUUCCAAUCUUCUUCAUAAAAUUUUCUUUUUGCCCCCAUUUUUGAAUGAACCUAACAAUCAAACGACUGAGCAAGUUGGGUAGCUACAGUCAAACGAUCGAGCGAGUUGGGGUAGCUACGGUCAAACGACCGAGCCGAUUGAGUAGUUACGGUCGAACGACCGGACCAAUAGAGUAUGAGUAUGGUCGAAUGACCGCAAGGAGUAGAGUAUCAGUAUGGUCGAAUGACCGGAACAGUAGAGCAUGAGUAUGGUCGAAUGACCGGAACAGUAGAGUAUCAGUAUGGUCGAAUGACCGGAACAGUAGAGUAUCAAUAUGGUCGAAUGACCGGAACAGUAGAGCAUGAGUAUGGUCGAAUGACCGGAACAGUAGAGCAUGAGUAUGGUCGAAUGACCGGAACAGUAAAGGAUCAGUAUGGUCGAAUGACCGGAACAGUAAAGCAUGAGUAUGGUCGAAUGACCGGAACAGUAAAGCAUGAGUAUGGUCGAAUGAUCGGAACAGUAGAGUAUCAAUAUAAAAUGCAACCAAAAGGCUGGGUGAAAGUAAUGAUUAAAAGAUCCGCAACCAUGAAACAUAUGCAAGUGAGAAAACUUUCACAGAAAAGAUGAUGGAAAAUGAAGAGAGGUUAAGAAACUUCCCUGAACAUGUGGUGGAUGUCCUUACUUUGCAAUAGUCAAGUGUCCUCUGUGUUGUGCAUUCAUCAAUAAGCUCGAUGACAUGCUUUGCAUAAAGUUCAGCAACUUGAGAGCAUCUCUAAUUCACUGGGGAAAAUUCUCGAAUCAUUGCAAGAUAGGAUAAGCACCAUGAUCAUUGAAUCAAGCUUUUGCUUUUCUCUGCAACUUUCAUCUCAUUUUCAGAUUUGUCAAGAGAUUUCAGUUAAAUAAAGCAAUUAUAUUAAC